AUGGACGAUAACCUAGCUGGGGUUAUGCAAGGAAUGUCGUUAGAGGAUGAUGUGCCAAUUGUCCUCCCGGAAGAUGAUGAUUUCAGUGCGGUAGAACGAAGUACUAGAAGCUUGUUAGGAAGGCUUCUAAAUCCACAAUGCCAAAACAUGGCACGUAUGUUACGUACGAUGCCAAAGAUAUGGAAAGUCUAUGAAAGAGUUCGUGGAAUAGCUCUGAUGAAAGAGAGCUUUCAAUUCAUCUUUGAUCUGGAAACAGAUUUACAGACAGUCCUCAAACAUGGUUUCUGGACUUUUGAUGAUUGGGGAAUGGUGAUGGAGAGAUGGGUUGAGCAACCCCCGAGAAACUUUUUACAAACAGCGAUGGUAUGGCUCAGGCUCCGCAACAUCCCGGGGAAUUAUCUAACCAUCAAAACCAUUGAUGCGGUUGCAGGAGGGAUAGGUUAUGUGAAGGACAUUGAAUGGGAUCCAGAGAAGCCGUUGCUCCAAGACUACAUUCGGGUACAAGUAGUGAUGGAUUUAAGCCUCCCGGUACGUGAUAAGAAAUGUCUCACCUUGCCAAAAGGAGGUGGUAGUGCUUUGAUUGAUGUGGAGUACGAAAGAAUCCGGAAAAAAUGCUAUCACUGUCUACGUUUAUCUCAUGAAAAGCAGGCGUGUCCUCUGCUGAAAGGUAAUCUGGCUGGGCGUUCAAAAGGGAAGGAAAAACAAAACAAUCCUAGUUCUCAAAGGUUGGCGCAGAGACAGCACAACACCAACCUAUCAACAGACAUAAUGCCCCUGUUCGCUCCAUCAAUACCGCCAGGCUUUGUGCCUCCCGCUGGUUUGAUAGCUCCUGAAGUCUUCGAACAAAUGCAGCUUUACAUGAACUGCAUUGAUCCUGAGGAGAGAAGAAUAAGAGAGUUUAGAAUGAAAAAAGCCUGGGAUGAGCUAUCUAAGGACUCUAUUGCUCAACGUGCAUGUCUGAGGAUGGAAAAUGCCCCAAUGAUCUCAGGUGCAACCAACAAAGAUAAGGGUCUGGUCUUUGACUACAGAAGAGUUACUGUUGAUACUCCCCCCGACGUAGGAGAAUCUUCUGAGUAUGCAGAGAUACAGAGGAGAAAAGCUGUUCUUCCUAAUACUAUAAUCGUUGCUACGGACCCGGUUCAAAGAUCUUCAUCAGAGACAAGGUUUGAUAGAGUUCAAAGCCGGGGAUAUGACCGUGUAGAGAACUGCGCCAAGCGACGACCCCGUAGUAACAAGAUGAAGGAGGCACGUUCGGAAUGCCUUCGAUUCCAGUUCUUGGCGGCUUUGAGAUUGGGUGUGGAGCGUCCAUGA